CUCUGGGAUCCGCGGGAAGGAAGUGAGCGCCUGUGGGCGCUGUAGAGAGGCGGGAGGCGCCAGGUUUGGGGACCCCGGGGAGGUCUCCUGGCCGCGGACGCCCGAGUCCGUUCGGGAUCCAGGGCCGCGCUCUCCCCGCGAGCGACUGGGAAGCCACGAGCGUCUUGCACUUCAGUCUCUAAGAGACGGGACAGCGUCCCUGCACAUGUCCGGCUGGCGUCGGAAGUAGUAUCAUCGAGCCGUUACGGUCCAAGGGCAGGUGUGGGCCCGUGGUUGUCACCAGUGAACGCACCUCUUGGGAGGCUGUGGAGGCAAGACCACAACAGAACAACAGAAAAGACCCUGCCGGCUGCAGCGGGAGCAGCUGCAGUCAACAGGGGCCUGGACCGUGUAGAAAGCGCUCCAUCCUCCCGGGCCCUGGGCCGGCACCUCCGCCUCGCUCACCCUCAAGGCCGCUCUGAGUCCUAACAGCGAAGUGUGUAGAGCUUCUUGCAAGGGUUGUACUGUUCUGGGUGCUUUUGCCCAAAGACAUCCUUUGGCAUGAAUUCAGAAUCAAAUAUCACUUCCCACAAGACUGGAAGUACCAUGUAAAAGGAAUUAGACAAAAGCUUUCCUCAUCUGUUUAUUCGUUUGAACUCAUAAAAUGACCUUAAAAAGCAUUUGGGGCCACCUAAGAGAGAAUGCAUUUUCUGACCAGAGCACGCAGGAUUCUUUUGCCCCGUAGGUUCAAGGGAGCAGAGGGUUGGCAUAGUCGAAAUGGCCCUGGUGCCCUAUGAGGAGACCGCAGCAGUGGGGUUGCAGAAAUUCCACAAGCCUCUUGCCACCUUCUUCUUUGCAAACCGCACGAUUCAGAUCCGGCAGGACUGGAGACAACUGGGAGUCGCAGCAGUCGUUUGGGAUGCGGCUGUCGUUCUUUCCACGUAUCUGGAGAUGGGCGCUGUGGAGCUCAGGGGCUGCUCUGCUGUGGAGCUGGGUGCUGGCACGGGGCUGGUGAGCAUAGUGGCUGCCCUGCUGGGUGCUCACGUGACCAUCACGGAUCGGAAAGUAGCCUUAGAAUUUCUUAAAUCAAACGUUCAAGCCAACCUACCUCUCCAUAUCCAACCCAAAGCCAUUGUUAAGGAGCUGACUUGGGGACAGAAUUUGGGGAGUUUUUCACCUGGAGAAUUUGACCUGAUACUUGGAGCUGAUAUCAUAUAUUUAGAAGAAACAUUCACAGACCUUCUUCAAACUCUGGCCCAUCUCUGUGACAACCACUCCGUGAUUCUUUUAGCUUGCCGAAUUCGCUACGAACGGGAUAACAACUUCUUAGCGAUGCUGGAGAGACAGUUCACUGUGAGCAAGGUUCACUACGAUCCCGAAAAAGAUGUACAUGUUUACAAAGCACAGAAGAGGAACCAGAGGGAGGGCUUAUAGUUGGCUAUUUUAUAAGAAUGUUGUCAUUAAAUGUGUCAAGGUCCUAGCCUGGGAGUUGAGCCAUGUUUAAUGAAAUGGCUUACUGUACAAAAACCAAAGGUUCUCAAGGAACAAACUUUGUCCCACUGCUGUGACUUUUCAGUCAUAUUUCACUCAGUUAACAUUAAAGGGAAGUGUGAGAUUUUGGUUUAUGUUGUUUCUGGAUCCCAUACUGCUCCCUCUUAGUAAUAAGCAGUUUUCACGGAUACCUUGAAGGGCUGGUAUAAUGACGUCUUCAAAGCAGUGAGCUUGUUUUGUUUUAGCAAGAGGCUAAAUCACCUUAAACAUAUUCUGAGAUAUAUAAUUAGCCAGUUUUCCUAAUUUUCGGAAUAUAAAAUGAGGUUUAACGUACAUUCCCUGAGCUGUUAAUGCUUUUGAAGUCUUUUGUCUGCCCAUUUUAGGUCUUAAAUACUUUUGGUUGUUUGAGAUUGGGAUGCGAGUUUUCUAAGGUCUCUUAUUAUGGUUUUUGGACUAAUUUCAGAUUUAGGUAUAUGAACAAAGGAAUAAGUAAAAGUAACAUUUUAGUUACUUUUGAAAGCAUAUAAAAUCUUGGACCUCUGUGGGCUGUGAACAGGUUAUCAUCCUCAAAUCAAAAGCUUUAGUUUUUGCCUUUACCUGUCCCCUUUCUUAAAUGUUUUUGUAUUCUUUCUUAGGCUUUCUCUGCUUCCUCAUAAUGCAUAGGAUGACAAUGAAAACAAGUUUUAAAUCUCACCCCUCUGAGAGGUUAGCUUUCCAAAUAUAAGUUCCUUCCACCGGGUACUUGCAAUUGCUUAUUUAGUGUUUGGAUUCCCCAGAAGACUGUAAGCUUCUUGAGGACCAGGAAUGCUCUGCCUCUUUCACUGUUGCCUCCCCAGUGUCAUAUAUCAAACCAAAUAUUUGUUGAGUGAAAAACUACAUUCCAUUUAGAGGAUAUUGGUCUUUGAGUUCAAUGAUUGCUACAUUGUUUCACAAUUAUCUUUGAUAGACUUUAUCAAUGAAAUUAUACACACUAACUGUUGGGUUGAGGGGGUUGGAAGAUGGACGUUUUUUAACCUUGUGUUAAUGCAUUCUCGGAAUCCUAGCCUGGGGGGGAAC